AUGCGCCGACGACUGGAGCGUGUCCAAGGGGGUCCCGCCAUGAGCAGCCCCAACAAGAUCCCCCACGUGGCGGGGGAAAAUUCAGAAUCCGGCACAUGGUCAGCAUGGGGUCUCUCCCCGCGCGAGUGGGGGGAGGUGCAGUCGGUACUUCGCGCAGAAACGCCGUCGGCCAGCCAGGAGUCCGGCCAACAGACAAGCGCGGCACGGAGAAGCCGGGGACCUGACGAGGGGUGCGGAACUCAGGCCUCCCCACCCGCGCGGGCAGAUAUUCGCUCAGCGUCGGCGCGCGCAGGGGAGUCACCUGGCCGGGGUCCGCGGCGAAGGGGGGACCGUUGGUCACCUCAAUGUGGACGUGAGUCGGCCCCCCGCUCGCCCGGGCCUGCCUCACCACCUCCACAAACGUGUUCGCGGCGCGGUCGAGGGCAGGAUCCUGCUGGCGACCAUUACCGCCACGCCCUCCACCAUUGCGCCGGCCCCGCCGGCCCGCUGAACCUGCCGAGUGCGGACGCGGGGGGGUCUGCUCGCGGCGACCCGAAUCCCAGCGAUGCCCAGACGACCCCCUCCCCCGCGUCGCCGGAGAUCGCCGCGGAGAGCGUUGCUCGGGGGAUCGCGCUCGGGGUGAGCGCUGGCCUGCCCGGCCACGAAGAGAUGGGCAGCGAGGAGAGCGAUGGCCUGCAGGGGACAGCUGAUCGCCAGCGCCGUCCCGCUGAUCCUCGUGACGCUCUGGGGAGCGGCGGCGAGGAGAUUGCUGCCGCGGCUACUGACGCGGCGGCGACCGCCCGCGUUCCUGACGCGGCUGAUCAGCAGGUCGGUUCGAUGCAAUCUGAGCGGGGACCCACGAGUACUCCGGCUGGUGGGGCUGAGGAGCGCGUCGAAGAGGAAGAGACAGCCCGCGCUCCAGGCGAGGGACAGGCUCAGACGCCGAGGGGCGCGCAGCAGCGUGAGGACGGGGAGCAGCGGGCCCCUGAGCUCGGGGCGGGUCAAGACGUGCGCUCUCCGCAGUACUCUCCUGCGCGCGGUCGCGACCCGCGGUUGGGUCCAUUACGCCGGAGCACGGAGCCACGGACGCCAGCAGGCCGCCAAAGGCGGGGCCGUGGAUCUACCUCCGCGCCUCAGCCAGCACGCCGCGGCGCAGCGGCAGGCACGACGCCGCGGGGAAGCCGCGUGGCUGGAGGUGGGAGACGAGGCAGACGCAGAGGAGGCGUCACAGUUCAGCGACGGGGGGCUAGUAGCUUCGCGAGGGCCGCUCACCGGAUCCUGCGGGGGAGGGCUGGAGAUGGAGAAAACUCGAGUGAUGAAAACUCCGUGGGUGACCCAUUAUUUAACCCUGAAAGAGAGGGGAGUUCUAGUCCCUCUCCUCAGGUGGACGAGGCAGAGCAGCACGAGGAGUUGGAUCGAAACCCAACACAUAGCCGAGGCGCAUCUGCAAUUUGA